AUGACUCAGUUGUCUGCUACACUAAACCUACGUCAACCUGGCACACUUCCUAACAAUACCAUCCAAAAUCCAAAAACUGAUGGGCACUGUAUGGCAGUCACCACUCGAGGGGGUAAGCAGACCAUUGAUCCACCGAUACUACCUCCACCUCAUUUCCCACAAAGGUUAGUGAAGAAGAUUGAAGAAGGAAAAUACCGCAGGUUUAUUAGUAUGUUAAAGCAACUUUCCAUCAAUGUGCCAUUGAUAGAAGCUUUGGAACAAAUUACUGGGUAUGCGAAGUUUAUGAAGGACUUUGUAACUAAAAAGCGGGCUAAGAAGGAGGAUCUUGGGGCUUUCACUAUUCCUUGUACCAUUGGAUUGCUACAUUUUGCAAAGGCGUUGUGCGAUUUGGGUGCUAGUAUCAAUCUGAUGACAUUGGCUAUUUACAAGAAAACUGUGAAGAAGCUCAUUGGUGUGCUCCAAGAUGUACUAGUGAAAGUGGAGUCUUUUAUCAUUCCGGCGGAUUUUGUGAUACUUGAUUGUGAUGUUGAGUUUGAGGUUCCUAUUAUCCUUGGGAGACCAUUCCUAGCCAUUGGGCGCACCUUGGUUGAUAUGGAGAAAGGACAGAUAAAGUUUUGA